ACGGUGUUCGUCCAUGUAACGUUUGCAGAAGCUCGCAGAAUCUCAUCAGAUGUAGCUGUACGGUAACAUUCAAGAUUUGUUUUUCAACGACAUUUGUUUUCCACUUUAGCUUCCUUUGAUGUUUUUAAUGGUACGAUAGAGUUUUUUAUUGAAUCCUUUUGAACAGCAAACCGUAAACAUGGUCGCCAACGAGGUUGAAGAAAUCCUCGAGGAUGCCUCAAAAAAGGCCGAAUUCGUCCUUCGACCCGAUAUCCGGGAUGACCAAAAUGAAGGAGAAGUCUACAAUACCCCCGUUAUUGGGAUCAUCUAUCCGCCACCAGAGCUCAGGAAUAUUGUGGACAAAACGGCAUCGUUUGUCGCGCGGAAUGGUGUUGAGUUCGAGUCUCGCAUUCGACAAACGGAAGCCAAUAAUCCAAAGUUUAACUUUCUGAAUCCUGGUGAUCCGUAUCACGCCUACUACGAACAUAAAGUUGGAGAAUUCAUCCAGGGAAAGGGCCAAGAGCCUCAGGUUGUAGCUCGGCCUAGCACCCCGCCCUUGCUGACAUCGGCGAAUGUGGUUCAGGAGAAGAUACGGCAGCAGGUCAAAACCUUAGUCACACUAAAGGAUCCCCCGCCGGAAUUUGAGUUUUUUGCGGAUCCUCCUUCUAUCUCCAGUUUUGAUUUAGAAGUAGUGAAGUUGACAGCUCAAUGUGUAGCUAAAAAUGGGAAAGAGUUCCUAUCCGAAUUAAUGGAGAAAGAAAAGUCGAAUUUCCAGUUUGAUUUCCUGAAGCCACAACAUAGUCUCUUUGACUACUUCACAAGAUUAGUGGAGCAGUACACGAAAGUUUUGUUGCCACCCAAAACUAUCGUGCGUGAUCUUCGUCAGGAGGUUCAGGAUCCUCGAAAAGUUUUAAAUGCCGCUCGAUACCGAGCAGAAUGGUACCGUAGAGAAAUGCGCGAAAAGGAGCGAGAAGAAGAGGAACACGAAAGAGAACGGGUAGCCUACGCACAAAUUGACUGGCACGAUUUCACCGUAGUGGAAACGAUUGAUUAUCAGCCUUGGGAAGAAGGCGAAUUCCCCGCUCCAACUACACCCGAAGAAGUUGGAGCCAGAAGCCUGCUUUAUGAACGAAUGCUUCAAGAACAACAAUUAAAGCAACAGGCACCUCCUGCGGCUAAUACGGAUGCUGAGGACAUCACCGUGGAAAUGGAGAUCGAGGAGGAAGAACCUCGGCCAGAGUCACCUCGUCGAGAGGAGCCCAAAGAGACACCUGCUCCAUCCUUACCUCCUCCGGUUAUUAAUCCCGCAAUUCCGGGAAAUGUCAUCAUUCGGCCGUACAAUCCCAAGCAGAAACCUACAAGAGAUACCGGUCCACCUUCAACGGAGUUUGUCAUAUCUCCUAUUACUGGAGAGCGAAUCCCUGUGACGAAACUACAGGAGCACUUGAAGUACAGUCUUUUGGACCCCGAGUUCUUACAACAGCGUGAUCGGCAGUUGCAAGACAAACAGCAGCAGGAGCUGGUGUACGCACCAGGCACCGCUAUUGGGGAAAGUUUACGGCAGCUAGCAGAGCGUCGUACGGAUAUUUUUGGUUCGGGCGCCGAAGAAACAUCGAUUGGUCGGAAAAUCGGUGAUGCAUCCAAAGAGCCGGAUAGGAACAAGGUUAUCUGGGACGGAUUUUCUGCAUCCAGCGAAGCUACGGUUAAAACCGCCGCGAAGACAGUGACACCAGAAGAGCAACGAAAGCACGAUUAUGAAAUGGCAAAAAUCCAAGGACUUAUUCCGGACCCAGAGAAGGAUAAAAUCGGACCACAGACUAUUAUUCCGCCCCCUGUACGCGCUCCUCCUCCUUUUAUGUCCCCUGCGCCACCAGUACCAACGCUGCGCCCACCGGUUAUGGGGAUGAGCUUUCUGCCACCGCCAGCGCAGGUUAUGUUUCAACCGCCGCCGGUGAUGCCACCACGAAUGGUGGCUCCUCCACCUGUGGAAGCAGUUGCUCCUCCUGUGGAUGACGAUGAGGACGAUGACGAGCCGGCAUCUAAACGGCAGAAACAGGAUCACACCGCUGAGGAGGAAUUCCUGAAGACAUAUAAAAAUCCGAUUACGUUCAAAGUUCAGGUGCCUCAUGUGGCUGAUAAACCAGAAUGGAAACUGAAUGGGCAGGUUUUGAAUUUGACUCUUGCUCCUAAAGACACAUUUACUACCAUUAAGGCAAGAAUCCAAGACCAAUUGGGCAUUCCACAAGGAAAGCAGAAGUUGCAGUUUGAUGGAGUAUACGUCAAAGAUACGCAAUCCCUUGCAUCUUGUAACAUAAUUCCCGGCUCCAUGGUGAUCCUGCAGCUUAAAGAACGUGGCGGAAGGAAGAAAUGAAGAACCAGACUUGUUGUUCGUUGAUUGUAGGACGUGUAUAAAGACUAACCCUAAAUUGCUAGCUUAAAAACUUGUCCGCGCUACGGCUCUUUUACGUUUUCGUGGUUUAUUUUGCAUGCAGUAAAUUUGGUGGAUCUACAGGGUUCCUUUUGGUUUUUGCUGUAUCUCUGAAAGUAGGAAUACUUGGUUAUUUUCGCUAUACAACAACACACGGUGCAAGCACUUAAAUGUUCGCAAUUGUAUUUAUAUUGGUUCGCGGCCUCUGUUGACGAAGUGCUGAAAAAUGGUGUUUUCGUUUUUAAUUUUGUUUUUCAGUCUCGUUAACAAAAUAUCGGCUUUGAAAUAUGUACGUUG